AUGACGUGCAUCGAUGCAUCAUUUGCCCCCGAUCGGAUUUCUUCCAAGCAGCUUGUGGGAAUGGCUUUAAGAGCCAUCUCCUUCGAUCGAUUACCCCGAAGCUGCUACUACGCCCGAACCCGGAAAACAAACACUUCAAUCGAUAAAUACCACCCUGUAUCAGACCUUGGGGAGAACCCGAGAGGUGCUGCGGAGGAUUCUCCAGCGUUAUUCCAUGCUCAAAUGUACGCUAUUGGUGAAAAAUUUGGGAUAUCGGGACUGAAGAGCCUCGCGAAAGAGAAACUUGAAGGUGACGGUGACAUUCAUCUUAUCUGGUGUGGUAGAACAUUCUAUUCUGUCGUCCAGGUUAUAUAUGGAACAACAUACUCUGGUGAUCGCGGCUUGAGAGAUGUGAUAGUAGGAUUUGCGCAUCAGAAUAUCACGGCUCUGAAAACUCGGCUAGAGUUUGAGGAGACACUGGAGGAGUUCCCUUCCUUCACUCGGGAUCUACUGUGGCGGAUGAUAGGAGAGGAUCGGCAAGAGGAGGGAGAGAGGUUAACAGUAGAUCCCACCCCUGAUUACCAUGUCCGUGAGACUACCUAG